AUGGGAGAUCAUUUAGUGUUGGUCGUUGAUCGGUUAUCAACAAUCAAUUCCGGUCUUGAAACGAUAAACCAAGCAGACUCUGUAAACAAAGAUGAUAUUUGUGAGACCACAUUUGUACAAUGUAGGAUUUGUCAUGACGAAGACGAAGAUUCUAACAUGGAUACGCCUUGUUCUUGCUCAGGAACAUUAAAGUUUGCACAUCAUAGCUGUGUUCAGAGAUGGUGCAACGAAAAAGGCGAUACCAUUUGCGAAAUCUGUCGUCAGAAAUAUAAACCUGGAUACACAGCUCCAAGACAAUUGUUUCACUACACAGGAAUCUCUAUGAACUUCAGGAGUGAUUGGGGAAUGGAAGGACUAGAUCUUCGUAAUCCUUAUUUCUUAACUUGGGAUGCAGGAGAUGAUCAUGAGCUUUAUUCGUUUCAUAGCCCAACAAGCUUGAUUUGUUGCCGCGUAAUUGCCUUGCUAUUUAUCCUUCUGCUGUUCUUGCGCCAUUCUCUUCCGGUCUUUUUAGGUGGAAUCGAUCAUUUCUCGUUACCUCUGCUUAUGUUACCAUUACUGAAAACAUUGGGGUUCUUGUUGGUUGCAUACUUCUUUGUCAAGUCAUUCAUUGUCAUACAACGUUGCAGGCAAGAGAGGGAUACGAGACUCAGUGAUUUCUCUUCUGAUGAAGAAACUGCACCGCCUCGGAUAUUAUUGGCAUUGCCCGAAGGACCUGAGUUUCAUGUUCCUGUAAACUAA